AUUGGAGAUGGGUUAGUUUCCUUGAAGAGUUGGUAGAGGUGUUCAGGUAGUUAGGGAUAAACUGUUCCUAUUAGCAGAACGGUCGAGAACCAGGCGACACGGAUUUGAGAUGAUUAGCAAAAGAAGCAACGAAUCAGCCUGUAAUUGCAAUGAUUCUUCUUAAGUUCACCGCCAGGAAGCUUGUUUCGCAGGUGGGAAAUUGCUUUAAGCGACCUUCCAAAUUGCAAGUGACCCAGAUUGAAAUGAACCGCCAAAGUUCAGAUCUGGCCGAAUUUCGGGAAGUCUUUGCAAAAGCUAAGCACAUAACCAUUCUCACAGGUGCUGGAGCUAGUGCAGAGAGCGGAGUCCCCACCUUCCGUGGAACAGGUGGCUUCUGGAGGAAAUGGCAAGCUCAGGACUUGGCUACCCCAGAAGCAUUUUCAAGAAAUCCUUCUAGAGUAUGGGAAUUCUAUCACUACCGCCGUGAACUGAUGCUGAGUAAAAGCCCAAAUUCUGCACACAUUGCUAUUGCUGAAUGUGAGGCUAGACUGAGCAAGCAAGGCCGAAAGGUUGUGGUCAUCACUCAAAAUAUUGAUGAACUUCAUAAAAGAGCAGGAUCAAAAGAUAUAUAUGAAAUUCAUGGCAGUCUAUUCAAAACACGCUGUACAAACUGUAAGCACGUAGCAGAGAAUUACAGAAGUCCAAUAUGUCCAGCGUUAGCCGGAAAAGGUGCACCAGAUCCCAAUACAGAAGAUGCCAAAAUUCCAGUUGAAAAUCUUCCCAGGUGUGAAAAAUUUGGUUGCAAUGGUCUACUUCGUCCACAUGUGGUGUGGUUUGGAGAGACCCUAGAUUCUGAUAUACUGAUGGAAGUGAACAAAGAGCUUGAGAUCUGUGACCUCUGCCUUAUAGUUGGGACCUCAUCGAUCGUUUAUCCCGCAGCAUUGUUUGCUCCCCAGGUAGCUUCGAGGGGUGUGCCAGUAGCAGAGUUCAAUACUGUUGUCACAGAAGCCACCACAAAAUUCAGAUUUUAUUUUCAAGGCCCCUGUGGAACAACACUACCACCAGCACUUGCUCGUCAUGAAAGUGAAGUCAUUUUUUAAGGAACGUAUAAAUAUUCACCGGUCUUCCCAAACAGUGAUGAAUAGGUCAAGUUAUGUUAUGUAAUGUAGCACUUUAACAAAUUGUGGUGCUUUCAGCAUUAAGAAUCAGUGAGUGACAAAGGACUUUUAUCAACUCAUGAAUUUAAUUACAAGAUUAACUGUUUUGUGCUCCUUUGGAUUUAUAAGGUUGUUCCUUAUAAAUGCCUGUCAGCUGAAUAGUACUGUCAGAACAUUCAAUCAUUGUAUUGUACAGAAAUGCCUAUAAAUAAAACAGUUGAAUAAUUUAAAUUA